AUGUCGAAAAUGGCGCUUGGCACAAUUGUUGAAGAGCAGCCACCAAAUUCAGUGACGCGUCUUCCGCCGCCAUCGCAAAACGAAGAAAUAGCUGCGGUGCCGACUGAAAUGACAUACGGCGAAAGAAUUUCCAAGUUCAUUAUCGAAGCAAGAUGUACGGAUAAUAUGCUGUUUUCCGGAGCAGUUGUAGUUGGAGGAUUUGUUUUAGUAAUGCAAACAUUUCCAAUUUUUAUGAAUAAUUGGGUAUUAUUAACGGAGCCAAGACCGAUUAAUAAAACAACAGAAAAUGGCGAACAAAUGGAAAGCACAUUUCAUUAUAACACGGGUUAUUUUCAAAUAUGCCGAAUGCACAUCAACAAUAAUUCUGGAAUAAUUUACGACGAAAUCGAAAUACCAAGAUCAGAGAGCGAUUACAAAUGCUAUUUAAAUCCAAUGUUUUCGCAAAGGGAUAUUAGCGACUUUUCAUUAGCCUCACUGGCAGUUAUUUUGCGCCUUGGAUAUCCAGCUCUUCUUCACGUAAGCGGGGCUCUUGUCUGCUGUUUAGCAUUUUUCUUGGGUGUUCUUGGACAUGUACGAAUGUCAGCUUAUACAUUGUUCUCUACCAUUACCUAUAUCUGUGGAAGUAUUGUUCUAUGUAUCGCUGUUCUUAUGGUAGUAUGCGUUGUUGACGAUGAACUUGCUCCAAGAAUGAAACCAAAUGCAGCUGGCGAACCCAGCAAAUUCAGCUACUAUUACGGACCUCCAUUCUUCUCAUCAGCAUUGUCAUUUAUCCCAGUCCAAAUUUGCGCCUGUUUUCAUGCUUUUCUAUAUUUUCGACGAUAUCCAUCGGUUGUGGAAAAGUUGAAGUUUGUUCCUGGUUUGGAAGCAAAGCGUAAGCGAGCGCAGCUUGACAAAGAACUUGGAAUUCCACCGAUUGAAAGCUUCCGAAGAGGAUCAUUAGCAUCUUACCUUCCGAUUCCCAACUUUAGCCAAGGAUCAAGGCGGAAUUCGCGAAGAUCUAGCCAAGCUUCAUUUUCAAACCCUAGCUUGAUAUUUAUGCAUGAUGUGAUGCUGCUAGAAGAUUUGAAAAAUGCAUUUUUUGAAAAUUAUGUGCUUGUUAUUAUUAGUAUCUUACUAAUUUAUGUUCUUCAUAUUAUAUUAAAACCACUAAACAGAGUUCGACUUCUUGGUGAUGUUGGUCUUUACUUUGGACAACCUGAGAGAAAAGGAAUUUAUCGCGAACGCCAAAUCGAAAGAUUAAAAAUGCUGCGAAGACUAGGCGAACUACCGCCUGUUUUUCCAAAUGGAUGGUAUUGUGUUUGUGAAUCGGAAAAAUUGGCUCCAGAAGAAAUUAAAGAAAUCACAAUUUUGGGUCAAUUUCUUACACUUAUUCGAUCGAAAUCUGGUGAGGUAUUCAUAACAGAAUCCUAUUGUCCGCAUUUGGGAGCAAAUUUUAAUAUCGGAGGAAAAGUUGUUCGUGAUAAAUGCAUCCAAUGUCCAUUUCAUGGAUGGAUUUUUAAUGCUGAGACUGGAAAAUGUGUUGAUAUUCCCUAUGAAGAUGGCAGAAUUCCAGCGCAAGCCAAGGUUGCAACUUGGCCGUGUAUCGAAAGAAACAAUAAUAUUUACAUUUGGUAUCAUUCCGAUGGAAUCGAGCCAGAAUGGGAAAUUCCAGAAAUUCCUGAAGUCACCAGCGGUAUUUGGAAAUUUGGUGGCCGUACUGAACACGAAGUCAUGUGUCACAUUCAAGAAAUUCCUGAAAAUGGUGCAGAUAUCGCGCAUUUGAAUUAUCUGCACAAAUCAGCCCCUGAAAUUCCGAAAGGUUCUGAUAUAAUAAAGACUAAUUUGUCAAACCCAUCACCAAUAGUGCAACACGUUUGGAAUGGCAAAUGGGAAAUCAAGUCAGAUGAGGAUAAGCAUUGCGGAGUAAUGCACUUGGAUCAAUAUAUGACCAUAAUGGGAUUCAAAGUUCCAUUAACAAAAAGCAAACUAAUUGCAGAACAACAUGGACCAGGAAUUGUGCACAUGCUUUUUGAUUUUGGAUUUUGGGGAAAAGGUGUUGUUUUUCAAACAGUUACUCCCGAAGAGCCACUUCUGCAACGAGUUCGGUUCAGAAUGUUUUCAAAUAUUCCCUGGUUUUUCGUCAAGUUUUUCAUGACAGUAGAAUCUAUGCAGUUUGAAAGAGACGUCUAUGUAUGGUCGAAUAAAAAAUACAUCAAGUCACCAUUGCUUGUAAGAAAUGAUGGUCCCAUUCAGAAACAUCGAAGAUGGUUCAAUCAAUUUUACACUGAAACUAGUCCAAAAUUACUAAAAGAUGGCAGCUUGUCAAAUCAAGUGAAAUCGGUGUUCGAUUUUUAA